AAUAUCUGAAGACUUUAAAGAUCUCAUAUUUACUUAUAAGAUACUUAAAACUAUUUUCCUGCAAGCCUCUAAUGAAGAAAUUACAAAAUAUGAGAAGCAACUUAGUAAUAUGAAAAAUCUUAAUCUAGUUCUUAUUAUCUCUUCAAAUCAAGCUUGGAUCAAUUAG